UGAUCCCAACAAAUGCUCCUUAAUUAUUAGAAUUAUAGAGCUGGUCGAUGCGAACCUAUAAAAAGCUGAGUUUUAUACGCUGUAACAGCAUUUCUUCAACAUUAUUAUUGAACAUAAUAGUAUCCACUUCAAAUAUGUUUAGACUUGGUUUAAUAUUAUUUUUAUUUGUUACAAUGUUUAACAUAGCUCGAGGAAUUCCUAUCUUAUUGAAAGGAUCAUCACCUUCCGGUGAUGCAGUGGUGACGAUAUCAUCUAACGAUCCACAAGUUGUAAAAUAUAUUGAAUCCAAAUAUCCAUCAAAGCCUGGCGUUCCACGAAAUAUUGUGACCAACAAUCCAGAGGACCUUAUAAGAAGCAGCUUCAGUUUCGCCGGGCCAGGACAUGCGGUUGCCGGCACUGGCCGUAGCAUAGUAUCUGCAGCGUCCUUAAACUCAUUUGUGCCACCCCUAUUCUUUGCACCGUUGAAUUUAGAUAGUCUGGGACUUGGUGAGUUUGGACAGUUAAACAACUGGUUCAGGGGUGUCAACGGAUUCCCAGAUACAAGGUUUGGAGGCAAUGGAGAAAUAAACACAGUUGCAGCUAUAAAUGACAACGGCCACAUAUAUCGCAAUGUGAAAACAGUGACUUUUAACAGACCAAAAAGAAUAAUUAGUAAAUACAAUUAGAUUAUAAUAUUCUGUAAAUUAUUAUGACUU